UGUAGAUAUGUUUGCAAAGUUACUCACUUUGAAUCCAAAUUCAUCAUCUUCUAUUGAUAUAUCAAAAUCCAGAUUUACAAUAGGAAGAGAUUUAAAGAAUGAUAAAGUGUUUUCAAAUAUAAAGGUGAGUUCUAAUCAUUUGGUAAUAGAAUAUAAGGAUAGUUAAUUUACAUUGACAGAUAACUCUAGUAAUGGAACAUAUAUAAAUGAAAAAAAGAUUGGAAGAGGAAACACAGUAUAAUUAAUGAAUGGAGAUAAGAUUCAUUUAUUACCAAUUUUAAAGGUUUAAGACUUUGAAGUGAUUGGUUUUGAAUUUAUUGUAUGCACAAACAAUGAAUAAUUUGAAUAAUAAGUUUCUAAAAAUGAAAUAGAGACAAUAGCCCGAUAAAAUUCUGAUGAAAAAAGAGAAGUAAAAAAUGAGAAAUAAUUGGACACAAAAACAAUUGAAAAUGAAAUAAAAUCUUAAAUAAUUAAUGAACCACCUAAGAAAAAGGAUUAAUCUCCAUUUCCUAUACCAAAAUUAGAUGGAUUAGAAGAUGAAUUAUAAUGUACAAUCUGCAAUGAUUAUUUAUUUGAGGCAGUUGCAGCUAAUCCAUGUAAUCAUCAUUUUUGUGGAUCUUGUUUAUGUAAUUGGUUUAAAAAAAAAACAUAUGAAUGUCCAAAUUGUAGAUAAAAACUAACAGGAGUUAUGAUGGCAAGAACUAUUAAUAAUUUAGUUGAAAAAUGGUUAAAAGUUAAUCCUUAUGAAAAAAGAUCUGAAUAACUUUUAAAUAAAAUGAAAGAAGAAAAUCUCAUUUAUAAAAAUCCAUAAGAUUAUAUUAACUUAAAUACUUAGUUAACAUAAAAUAAAUUAGAUAAAUAAAAUUUAGUUAUUCAAGAAGAUUAAGAAGACAAUAGCUAUGAAGAUGAAUAUAGUGAUAAAGAAAAUUCUAGUGAGAAUGAUGAUGAAUAUUUAAGCAAUGAUGAAGACUUUGAUGAAAAUUAACAAAACUAAUAAGUUAUUUUUUAAUAAUAAUAAAUACCAUAGUAAUUUUAACAUUUUAAUAAUAAUAAUUUACAAGUUUUUAAUGGUUUCAAUUAUCAAUACCCUUAAAAUCAUUUUUAUUAACCAUUUGGUUAAAAUUUGUUUUAACAAUAAUAAUUUAUUUAACCAGGCAAAUUCUGUAAGAGUUGUAAUGGAUAAACAUGGAAAAAUUUCUAAUGUCCAUAAAACUAACCUCAUGUAGGUUGUGGAUCAUGUGCCAGAUUAAUGCCUAAAUUAGAACCUAGUAAUAUUUAUUUAUAAUUAAUCUAGAUGAAGAUGAUAAUGAAAUCUUAUAAAUGUAAUGUUGUAUAUGUAAAGCAUACCAUUGUUUAUUUUAUUAUGGUGAUUGUGUCAAUGCUGCACUUUAAAAAUUUAUGCUUGUUAAAAAUUUAUAGCAUUAAAUGGUAGUUCCAUAUAAUUAUGUUAACUAUAUUGAAUAUGGAAGAUUGCUAUAGCAUCUUUAAAGAAGACCUUAAACAGUAAUUUUUAAUUUUAUGAUGGAAAAUUACAUUAGUAAAGGUUAUUUUUAUUUUCAAUAAAAUAAAUCUACUUUUCCUAAUCCAAUUUAGGAAAUCAACGUGAAAAUAAGUCCAAAUUCUGUAAUUAUAUCAUUUAAUUUAUAAUUAGCCCGUAUGUUGGCUUUGUCAUAGAAAACUUAUAAAUUUUAUUGUAUUUAGAUAUGUUUAAUGUAUGAAAUAUGAUGAACCACUUUUUAUGCAAGAAGAUUGUUAUUAUGGUAUAAACUGUAGGUAAUAACAGUAAAACUAAGAGCAUGCAAAAAAAUAUAAUCAUUUUUGUGAAUAAACAAAGUUUGACUGA